AUGGCCUCCAAGAAGGACAUGCGUCGACCGGACCUGAUUGUACCUUACCAACCUCCUGAGAAGGAUGAGAGCAGCACAGACUUUCAGAGCACGAUGACAAGUACUCUGCCAAUGGCAGCCAUCUUCACAAGGAACAAGCUCUUGGGAUGGACCGCCGUCCUGUUUUCACUCCAAAGCUGGCUCACUGAGACCCCCGCGCAGAAAGCAGCCUCGUCCUCACCCGCGUACCUAUCCGUGGGUAUGGCCAUCAUGUCAUUAGGCGUCGGAUAUAUGCCGCUUCUGCUGCCACCUACGACAGGACCUCGAGCAGGUGCUGGAAGCGGAACAGAGGCCCCGGCUCCUGCCCCAUAA